UAGGGUAGAGUGAUGGGGGCUAAGAGGUCAGAGGCGAAAGGUAUCCCAGCAUCCUCGCUGAUUGGCGAAGAGAUGUCGGCCAUCUUGGAUUGUAGCGGGGAAGAAAGAUUGAUGCGGUGACACGCGGGAUGUUUGGUGCUAACCGGAAGAAGUUUAUGGAGGGAGGGGUGGAGAGCGACUACGCAGACGACUCCAGCCUCUACUACAGCCAGCAGUCCAUGUUCCCUCCUCACCGCGCUGACAAAGAUAUGCUGGUGUCUUCCUCUGCUUCCUCAACGGGUCAACUGUCACAGCUAGGAGCCAGUUUAUAUGGCCCACAGAGUGCUUUGGGGUUUCCCAUGCGUGGUAUGAACAGCAGUGCAGCACCUCAGUUAAGUCGAAGUGGGCUGAACCAGUCUGCCAGCCAACUCUCCAGUCAUGCCAGUACACCCAACACUGGCACAAUGCACACGCCUCCCUCACCAAGCAGAGGCAUCCUGCCGAUGAGCAGCCGGAGUGUGCUGAACCACAGCCAGCAGGUGGGGGGUCCGACGGGUCAGGCAGGAGGGAUGGGAGGAGGAGGAGAGAGGGGAGGCGGCGGCGGUGGAGGAGGGAGGAGCGGCAGCAUGGGGAGUCCCAGCCGGUCGUCACCCAGCAUCAUUGGCAUGCCCAAACAGCAGCAAGCACGGCAGCCUUUCACCAUUAACAGUAUGUCAGGGUUUGGGGUGAACAGGAAUCCCGGUUUCAGCUUGAACAACUCAUUAUCCAACAACAUCUUCAAUGGCACAGACGGCAGCGAGAAUGUGACAGGGUUGGACCUCUCUGAUUUCCCGGCGCUAGCAGACAGGAGUCGGAGGGACGGAGGCUCAAAUCCAACCCCACUGCUCAACCCGCUGGCCGGUCGGGCUCCUUACGUUGGCAUGGUAACCAAGCCGUCCAGUGAGCAGUCGCAAGACUUCUCCAUCCAUAAUGAAGAUUUCCCAGCUCUUCCUGGGCCAAACUACCAAACAAAAGACCCCACCAGCACCAACGAAGACAGCAAAACGAAUCUGAACUCAUCAGGAAAGUCCAACUCCAACUCAGAUGGUCCAAAGUUCCCCGGCGAUAAGAGCUCUGCACCAAGCAACAACAACCAGCAGAAGAAAGGGAUUCAGGUGCUUCCUGAUGGGCGCGUGACCAACAUCCCAGUUGGCAUGGUAACGGAUCAGUUUGGAAUGAUCGGUUUGCUGACGUUCAUCCGGGCGGCAGAGACGGACCCUGGCAUGGUCCACCUGGCGCUGGGCUCUGACCUCACCACGCUCGGCCUCAACCUCAACUCACCUGAGAAUCUUUAUCCUAAGUUUGCGUCUCCCUGGGCAUCAGCUCCAUGUCGACCGCAGGAUAUAGACUUCCAUGUCCCCUCAGAGUAUUUAACCAACAUCCACAUAAGGGACAAGUUAGCAGCUAUCAAGUUGUCUCGGUAUGGUGAAGAUCUGCUGUUUUAUCUCUACUAUAUGAACGGAGGAGACCUACUACAACUCCUGGCUGCAGUAGAACUCUUUAACAGGGACUGGAGGUACCAUAAAGAGGAGCGGGUUUGGAUCACCCGGGCUCCAGGGAUGGAGCCCACGCUGAAGACCAACGCCUAUGAGAGAGGGACCUACUACUUCUUCGACUGCCUCAACUGGAGGAAGGUGGCCAAGGAGUUUCAUCUGGAAUAUGACAAACUAGAAGAGCGACCUCAUGUUCCCUCCACCUUCAACUACAAUCCUGCCCAGCAGGCCUUCUGAUUGGCUCUCCCUCCUCCUGCCUGCCUGCCAUUGGCCCUCCUGGCUCAUCAAUCACCACCCUCUAGGUUUUUUCCCACCCCCACACACUCAGAGUGAAUCUGGCCAUUAAGGACUUGGGACAGGAGAGGAGACAUCCUGGCUCCUGCCCUGUUUAAACACCUCUCUGAAUAGACUUUAUAAUUUUAACUUUUCAGAUUUUUCUUUGUUCCUUACCUCAUUUAUUUUUCUUUUUUAUUUUAUUUCCCACCCUUCCUCCAUGGGUUUGGUUCAGUUAGUCUGUUAUGUGGAGCACAGACUUAAUGUCAACAGACAGCACAGUACAACAAACACAGACACAAGCACUGUAAAUAACUGUCCAUCUGAUCGAGUGAUUCAUGUUUCUAUUCAGUCUUAAGAAUUUGACUAUUUUUGUCUAGAGAAGCUUUUAAGAAGAACCAGAUUUUAACACAGAACACAGGAUUCAAUCACCAGUCAGGAUGGAUAAUUAUUUCACACAGUGUCACACCUCUCCGACUUUUCGACAGGAAUUGAAAAUAUUUAAAUUUUUCUUUACUUUUACCAGGUUUCUCCAACAUUACAAAUCAGAACAGACACACACACAUCAGCAGACAGUGGACAGUCAGGAGAGGAAAUGCAAUGUACAUUGUAGCACUAUUUCAUAAUAAAAAGAGAAAAAAUA